GUGAGGGGUUGCAAUCAAGAAUAACUCCCACUUCCUCGGCUCUUGUCUGUCAUUGUCUUGAACGCUAGUCUCCUCAUGGGGUCUGCCUUUGGUGUCACCAUAUAAAGACUCCAAGAACGCAGCUUGUCACCUUAUCCGUUCUUGUACCUGAAACCGUUCCCAUCCCAAUUAAAUUAUCUUCCAGUUUUCAUUUUCUCGGUUAAUACCAAGUCGACACAAUGGUUCCAAAGCCCAAGAUCACGCUCUACCUCGAUACUGUUAGUCCGUUCGCGUACGAGGCGUAUCACAUCCUCCGGAACGACCCAAUCUUCAAAAAUGUCGACAUCAAAUAUGUCCCCAUCUUCCUCGGCGGCUUGAUGGUCAAGUGCUCCAACACCCCACCCCUCAAAAUCAAAAACAAAGACAAAUGGAUCAACGUCGAACGCCUCCGCUGGGCCCGCGCCUUCUCCAUUCCCAUCACCGCCGACAUGCCACCCAACUUCCCACCCAACACGCUCCCCGUUCAGCGCGUGCUAGCCGCCAUCGAGUCUUCUUCCCAACAAUCCCAACCCGCAGUAAUCGCCGCCCUAGACGCCCUCUACAAAUCCUUCUGGGCCAGUGGCACCCCCAUCCACGAACCUGCCCAGCUACGCUCCGUCCUUUCCUCUUUGCUAGGGGGAGAAGAAGCUGCCGACAAGGUGUUGGGAGCAGCACAGACUGCUGAGGUCAAGCAAAGACUGGUGGAGAACACGGAUCAGGCGUUUGCGGAGGGGGCGUUUGGGUUACCGUGGUUUACGUGCACCAACACGAAAGGGGAGACGGAGGGGUUUUGGGGGGUUGAUCAUUUGGGACAGGUGGUGCAGUUUUUGGGGCUGGAUGGAGAAAAGAGUGGGAAUGGAGGGUGGAAGUCGGUUUUGUGAAGAGCGAGGGAGGACUCGGGGGAACGGAAGUGAGGAGAGGACAUGCAUGAGAGGUGCACUGGUUUGAGGGCUGGUGGAGGAAUUGAGGCUAGUGAGUGAGGCCUGGGAUCACAGGACAGGCAGGCCCGCGGGCAGGCUGUAGUUUGUGGUGGUGAUGGUUGAUUUGAAGGUAUUUCGGGAAUUGAAGACGAGAUCUCUGUGUAACUAC